AUAAAUAUCAGGAUUUAAAUUGCCAAUGUCUGAAAAUACUGAGAAAGCCCCUAAAGAACAGGAAAGGACUAGGAAUGUAUCCUCUAAGAAUGCUACAGAUUAUGAUAGGUAUAUGAAGCCUCUAAAUUCAAAAUUUAAUCACAAGAGGAAGACUACAACAUUGAUGUAUAACACUAAUGAGAGACAGGAGAAGACAUCAAUACUGUACUCAGCUGUUCGAAAUCAUCCAACUAAUAACCUUAUUUCAUCCACGUUUGAGGGUAAUGGAAGUGUAAUUCUGACACAUCCUGAGAUUCCAAAAUGCGAAAUUAAGAUGCAGAAGAAGGAAAUAAAGAAGGAGGAUUCUCAUUGUCCAUCCUCUGUGGCGCCGGAUCAUAAUGAGAAGCAACCUAAUGUUGAAAGUAGUGCUUAUAAACAGAAGCCAGUGAAGAAGACAAGGAGGGUAAAGUCCUCUCAUUUUCGCAAAAAUACCAAAAUUACUCGAAAGCCUUCUUUUGUAUACAAAGGGAGUAAAAUAAAGACAACCAAGUCAUUCCAGCUCAGGAUGGAGGAGAGGACGGCUCAUAAAAAUCUGUUUCAUAGCAACAUUAGGCCAAAAUCAGCUGGCCUGAUGUGGAGAAUGAAGAGGCAUAAUCAUAACAAAAGUGUUGACAAUAAAUGCAGCUCCAAAGCUUCUAAGUAUAAGAACCUUAUUACCAACAACACUCGGAAGAAUAGAUUGCUCUCUUCCGCUCAUCCUAACAAUCGAGUCAGUGAAAUGGGGAAAUUAAAUUUGAAUAAAACAGAGGUUUUGGACAGAAGUGAGAGUACAAAUUACCAAUACACAAUGACUCAAAAUAUCAUUAUUGACCAGAAAAAGAUCCAGACUGAGUACAUCAAUGUGAAUCCUAGUAGUAAAUCAAGCAUAAAGCGAGCAUUAAAUCAAAGUGACUUUUUGGAGAGAAGAGCCUCUCAAAAAGAAGUUCAUAACUUGAGCAAUGCAAUGAUUCCUGAAAAUUCCUCCUCUCAGCUACAAGAGCAGUGCCAGGUACUAGCUGAGAACUUGUCUCGUUAUGACAGGAAGAACUCAGUGAAAAUUUUUAAUGAGACAAGGAUGAGCAUAUUCAGAGCAAACUCUCAGAAGAUCAGUAGUUUUUCAAGCGAUCAUUUAUCACCUUCCAAGGAUGGAGAUAUAAAAAUGGAGAGGCGGAACUUGAACAGUUCCCAAUGAGACCUUCUACACAAGAAAGUAGAUCUUGAAACAGAAUUCAUGAGCAGCAAGAACUCCAAAGGAGUUUCUCCGCUACAUAAAGUUGGUGAUUACUCAAUGAAUCAGGAUAUUCCCACAGAUUUGAAGGCAAUUAUGUGCUAUCAGAGGAGACAGAAGCAGAACCGUAGUCAAAUAAUCCCAAAAGGAAUUUUAUGGAAAAAUAACCACAGGUCAAGCAAAGGGCUUCCCAAGAAGGUUUCUCAUGAAAAUGGGGUUCAAAUAAAGACUAAAAGUUUUGAGUUCAAGAAAAUUAAAUAAGAGAGCAAACAAGAUAUUAGUCAUGAAAGGCGAAAUUCCAAAGCCUGUAGAGAAACCUAUCUUUAUUGUUGGUCGGAAACGGCAGAUUACAAAUCAGAGACAGAAGAUCAUUGAAUCUCAAGCUCUUAUUUAUAAAAGACUUAUGCAGCAGAACUGUCAUCAGGUCCAUAGGCAUAAUAAUAGUGCGGUUUUACCAAUUGAAAAUUCACUGGAAUUCAGAAAUACAACUUCCAACGUAAAUCUAGGGUCAAGAAAGAUUUCGAGUAGCUCUACGCAAUGCAGAAAGAAGAUAAAGUCUGCAUGAAGGAUUAAGAGAAUGGCGAAGAGUAGCACCAGACUGUCUCAGAGCAAAAAUGUCGGAAUGAAUGAUGCCAGUUAUCUUGACUUGAAUAUCUCAAGAGUGAACUGUUCAUCAAAUUUGAGGAGAGCGAAAAAGCCAUUACAUUUGUUAUCAAAUGAUUUGAACUUACAUCAAAAUGUUGAAGCUGCCGAGCCAAAGAGGAUUCAGAAUGUGCCUGCUGGCAAUUCUCAAAUCGACGAACAAAGAAAUGGGUUAAAAAUUGAUGAGAAUUCCUAUAACUUGUUUGAUCAAGACUACAAAAAUUAUAAGAGAGGUUCAAUAGUCACUACAGCUUAUGAGCCUGAAGAGAUGAAGGAGUACAAUUACCCUGAAACAGAGACUGGUAAGACAAUCAAUAUAAGUUGUCCGAUGUUUAUAACAACAAAGAGAGUGGAGACCUUAGUAAGAAGAAAAUAGGGUAAAAAGAUGAAAAAAAAAGUUCAUAAAGUAGCAACAAAGGAAGGAAUUCAGAAAUUGACAAGUAACCGGCCAAUCUCAUCGCUGUCGCCAAUCCAGUUUAAAAAGAGCAUUGAAAGAGUCAGACUGAGCCAGGCAAAGAAAUCUUUGCCACAGAAAAUAGAAGUUGUUGGCUGUGCUGCAGCUUCUGAAGGAUUUUGAGAUUCUUCCAACCCCAACUUGCGUUCUAAAACUCCUGAUGCUACAGAACCGAUGCAGGAAAAGUGUUUAAGAAGGAAAAUUUUGAGCUCAGGAUUUCACAAGAAUACUGGAAGCAGUGCUGAUAGGAACCAGCUUCUUUCAGAUGAGGUGAGAAAGGACACUCUUUCUGAUGUUGACAUCGACUUGGCAAAGCCUCAUGAUAUCAUUAAAGUGGAUGAUAUUGAGAGUAAAUCAGACAUCAACAUGAUCAAUGAUAUACCUAAGCAAGAGUACAAGGUUAGGAUCAAGUCUAAGUUUACUAAGAAGUUACCCCAAACUCUCUCUCCUAAAAUCAGGAGAUGUAAGGCUACUUCUAGGGAGAUCCUCGAAGAAUUUGCUCAUAGUUUUCAGUCAGGAGAAAAGCUGAUUCAUGGCUCAAAAAUCAUAAAAUCCAUCCCUUCAGAGAAUAAGAAAAGGAACAUCUUCAAGCAGCUCAGUAACUCAGACUCAGGGAUAAAGUCAAGCAGCUUGAAAAGUUUUAACCAAAUGAACUUGGUCUCUAAAUACUCAAAACGAGGUUCUUCAGCCAUGUUUCAGCGAAGGAAAACUGCUAAGAAUGUUGCUGAGAAGAUUAUUGACAAAAAGGAGAUAAUUCCUAGAGUCGCAUCAAAGGCAUCGAUCAAGCAACUUAAUAUUGACCUUUUAAAAGCAGAGAAAAGAUCAAAGUUUAGAGAACAUUGCUCUAGCACAAUGGUGCAUGAAGGAACGAGCUUUAUGUCAGGCACAAGUGUCAAUGAUCCUUCCAUAAUUAAAUAACCAGAUUGAGCUGAGGGAUAGCACUCUUAAUCAAAGUUUGCAGUCCAAUACUUAUGGAAAGAUACACGUUAGUCAUCGUUUGAAGGAGAAUGAAGCAGUGCAAGAUUCAGAUGCAAAAGCUAGCAAGAAUUAUAUUGAGUAUAAUAAACAACUUGUAGCAAAAAUGGGAAGGAAGGAUCAAGUUAUUGUUGUCAAAAAUAAUACAGAUAGUCAAGAGAGCCAGUCAAAGAGAAUCAGCAUGAUCAGGUUUUGAGUGAAAGAGGAUAUUAACCAAUUGAAAUGUGAGCCUAGUGAGAAAUUGAAAAUAAGAAGCUCAAAAAUUGUAUGGAAUAGAUUAGAAAGGCUCAGAUUACCUUUAAACACCUCUACUCACCUCCUUCAGCACAUCCAAAACUCCCGCCCUCAAAAAUCAUCCUUAGCCCUUCACCACCAAAAAUAAUUCAACUCAACUUG